AUGUCGACGACAGAUCGGGCAUUCCGGCUGCCACCGCCACCUCCGCCACCCCCCAACCCAUGGUCAGGUCGGAAGAAGAUUCCUAUCACGCCAUUAAUAACUUGGUCCGUCUGGCCACACCGUCUCCUCCAUGUCAAGACCAUGACCUCGCACGUGAGACAGGGCCACAACACUUACAACGGCCUCAAUGCACCGCCGUAUAACGUCCUGAGUUAUACAUGGGGUAGGUUUAUGGACAGGACUUUACAAGAAACUCCGUUGUUGGUACAUGGGAUCGACUGGCUAGUCCCUGCGAUUCAGAAGACCCAUUUUAGCGCUGACGCCUUCCGGGAUGCAAUACGUCGUGCUGCCAAUGGCUACCAACAUACCUGCGAAUGGAUAUGGGUCGAUAUUGCAUGCAUUCCUCAAGAGCAUGAUAAAGAGACACCAGAGGCAACUCAGAUUCGGGACCAAGAAAUUUCCCGGCAGGUAGAAAUAUUUCACCGCGCUCAGGAAGCCUUCGCAUGGCUAUCUUCUUUUGAAAAGCUCGAUCUUAUUCAAGGUCGUGGCAAGCUAAUAUCCAUCGACGAUUUCAUCCUAAAAUCGAUUGUAGAACCAAUGACUACCAUGCUCAAGCACCAAUGGUUCAACUCACUCUGGACUCUUCAAGAGAUGGUGCUGCGACCAGACGCUUUCAUUCUCUUUGACGAUGGUCUAUUGGAAGUCGGGGAUGCUUAUGAUCAAACCUUAAGGCCAUGGAACUUUAGUACCUUGAAGUUUGAUGUCUUUUCCUUGCGUUCAAUUUUAAGGACUCGGGACUUGAGAAGAAUUCUUGAACAUGUCGAAGACGGAAUAUCUUCCCAUGGGAACACUAGUUCUAGUAGCCUGAGCCAGGAUAAGAGUCGCUCUGCUGGAAUAUUACAAAGGCUAGAACAAUUGGGGAAUCUUCAGAAACUCAAAGGGCUGGACGCGCUGAGCAUCGAAUUUCCACAUACUGCUUAUUCCUUAGCCCAACACCGCCAGACGUCGAAGCCCGAAGACCGCAUUCAUGGCAUUGUUCAGACAUAUGGAAUUAGCUGUGGACCGUUACCACCAGGAGGGGACCCAAUUUCUCGGCUGCACGCACUCGAGGACGAGUUUGGCGAAAAGCUGGUUGCUAAAUCACCUGUACUCUCUCAACUAUUCAUACAUAGCGGAGUAGAUACUCCUCGUAGGAGUUGGCUCAUCACGCAGAAGUGCAAAGUUGAUGAUCAUUUCUGGGUUCCGUUUGCUUCGGGCAACCAUCAAGUUAAUACCCUCUAUCGCUCCCUCGAGGUUGUUAAAACGCCUAGCUACGGGGAACCGCAAGGUUACUAUCUACAAUUCGUAGGAAAGGCCUGGUGUCUCGACACAUUCGUGGAAUCAUCGAACUCUACGAGAUCGAGGACAUUUGUUCCGUGCAGUCCGGGAGAUCCUGAACACUAUCGAGGUCUGAUGCUCGACCAUUACAUUUCGAAAUCUGCUCUAAUGGAAAUCAUUGAUUAUUUUCCUGAUCGGCAAAGCAUGCUAAAUUCCGUGCGAAGUUUAUAUCAGUAUUAUCAGACCGUGAGUGGUUGGGUGGAGCGAAAUAGUAUCCGGAGACAUAACGUCUCGGCUCUAAUCAAGAUUGCGUUACUGGCAUCUGCGUCGCCUCACAAUUUGCCAGUGGUUGACUAUGUCGGGAUCGUUCUCGCUCCCUCUCUAACAACUGAACAGUUUAAAUACCAUGAUAUAACUGGUCAUAUAAACAUAUCUGCUUCAAACACGACGACAUGGAGACGUAUUGGACUUAUAAGGUGGACUGAGAUAUAUCAAGACGACGAGCCGGUUUUUCAUUGCGAACUACCCCCGAAUCACGAAUUUGAAGGGCUAAUAGCAUAA